UUGAAUAGUAGAAGAUGUCGGGAUCACUACCAGCUACCUUCGUCAAGGGCUUCCAUAAUGAGGAGCUGGUGCGUCGUAUGGAGUACAGAAAACUUGGGUCCACCGGUCUGCGAGUGUCGAAAAUUGCCCUGGGAGGGGCCACACUCUCCAAGCUGUUCUCCGAUGACUUUGAUCGGGAGGAGGGCAUCCGCACAGUGCAAGAGGCUAUAAAAUCCGGAAUCAACUAUAUCGACACGGCUCCUUUUUAUGGCCAAGGCAAAUCGGAGGAGUUACUAGGCCAGGCGCUCAAGGAUGUUCCUCGGGAGGCCUAUUAUAUAGCUACUAAAGUGGCGCGUUACGAGUUGGAUCCGGAAAAGAUGUUUGACUACACAGCCGCCAAAGCAAGGGAGAGUGUAAAAAAGAGUCUGGAGCUGCUUGGAUUGGAAAGGGUGGACAUACUGCAGGUUCACGAUGUGGACGCCGCACCCAGUCUUGACAUUGUACUGAACGAGACCAUUCCCGUCCUGGAGGAAUUCGUGAAGGCGGGAAAGGCUAAAUUUAUUGGAAUAACCGCCUACGAUGUGGACGUGCUGAAGGAGUGCGCCGAGCGGGGCAAGGGUCGCAUCCAGGUGGUGCUUAACUAUGCCCGCUACACACUGUUGGAUAACACACUCCUGCGUCACAUGAAGGCCUUUAAGGAGUUGGGCGUUGGCAUUAUCUGUGCUGCCGCCCAUUCAUUGGGACUCCUGAGCAAUGCCGGACCUCAGUCCUGGCAUCCUGGUAGUCCGGAACUCUUGGCAGUGGGCAAACGGGCAGCUGAAAUAUGCCAACAGAGAAACGUUGAGCUGGGAAAACUUGCCAUGUACUAUACCAUGCAACUGGAUGGGGCGGCCACCUUCCUCAUCGGCAUCCCCAACAGAGAGCUGUUGCGAGUUAACUUGGAUGCCGUUUUCGAUGGACUCACUCCGCAUGAGCAGGAAGUGCUGCAGUACCUGCGCGAAAACGUUUUUACAAAGUCCUACAGCUGGGGUUCCACUUUAUCCACGGUUAACAUGUUCAAAUGAGUGGUCAUCCAAACUAGCAAUCGAACUUAAGCUCUAAAACCAAGGAAAUCAUCGGAAAAAACAGGAAGAGAGGAUUUGAAAUCCACUUUAGAUUAAAAUUUAAUGGAAAUAAAAAUGAAGUAUAUUAAAAUGAAACAAACAAAAAU